AUGGCACAGCAACAUCGAGAAAAUAUUGAGUAAGUUUAAUUUAAACUUAAAAUUAAUAUAAUAUCAAGAGUUUUGUUUAUGUAAUCAACUUCUAUAUUUUAUAGGAGAGCUCGAUUUAUGAGCGAACUGGAAAAUGAAGAGGUCAAUCGCCAGCUUUGUGCCAUUGAUACAGAUGAAAUGUUUGAGUCCUGGUCACCAGAGACGCAAGAGCAAAUUCUUGCGGAAUGGAACUGGCAAAACGAUGAAUCAACUCCGAGAGAACCAAGGUUGUGUUGUGAUGAUUGUGGUCAGGUAUUUACGCGUUCGAACGAACUGAACCGGCAUAUGAAAACUCACAGUGACAAAGACCACGAGUGUUCGCGUUGCCAUAAGACGUUUAAUCGAAAGGUACGUAAUUUAAAGGGAUAUAUUUCAAAACUUAGUAAAGUAUUUUGAGUUAAUAAUAUCUAUUUAUAUGAUUUCAAGGAUGCUUUGAACCGGCAUAUGAAAACUCACAGUGACAAAGACCACGAGUGUGCGCGUUGCCAUAAAACGUUUAAUCGAAAGGUACGUAAUUUACAGGGAUAUAUUUCGAAACUUAGUAAAGUAUUUUGAGUUAAUAAUAUCUAUUUAUAUGAUUUCAAAGAUGCUUUGAACCGGCAUAUGAAAACUCACAGUGACAAAGACCACGAGUGUUCGCGUUGCCAUAAAACUUUUAAUCGAAAGGUAUGUAAUUUACAGGGAUAUAUUUCAAAACGUAGUAAAGUAUUUUGAGUUAAUAAUAUCUAUUUAUUUGAUUUCAAGGAUGUUUUAAACCGACAUAUGAUAUUGCACGAGCGACGUGGCGCGGAACGGGAAUAUACGUGUAAUGUAUGUGGUUAAGUGUUUCGAAACAUAUUCCCAUUUCAAGCCCAUCAGCGCGAAGUCCAUCAGACUGGUGGUGGUAGACGUACUAAGACGCCGACCAGGCGAACGAAAAGGCAAAGAACUGCUGAACCAGGUAUGUAUAAAUGAAAAUAUUUCGAUUACUGAUUUUGUAUUUAUACACAGAUAUUUUUCUCUUUUAAGAACCGCCAUCAUCUUCAGCGUUAACGAAGGUAAGAGAGUAUAUAUGCUGUGUAAUAAUUUGAGUUAAAAUCACACUAAUACAUUUUUCUCCUUUUCAGGAGCUUCUACUAUCGUCAGCGAAGGUAUGAAAUUCAAAUUUUUAUACCGCACAUAGUAUAUUGAUUGUCGUGAUUUGAUGUGUAUAUUGACAAUGUUAAUUACUCGGUUUUAAAACAUUGCCUGAAAUCCUAACGUUUACAUUUGAAAAAUAUUUUCAUGUUGUUUCACUAAUGUUUGUGUUUUGAAAACCUGAUAAACAUAAUCGAGUAAUUUUUAAGCGUGGGUUUAUAGUGUGGAAUGUUCCUAAUUAUUCAUGUUAGACUUAUGUUCAUUUGAUUUAGAACUAUUAAUUUAUGUCAUUGUACGAGUAUUUACGCUACGUCAUUUUUGUAACAUUCGCUAGCGUUUUAUAGUGAGGUAAAAGUAAUUUUUGUUGCGUGGGUUUAUCAUUUUGCUAUGUGAAAUUGCAUGUUCCUAAUUUAUUCAUGUUAGACUUAUUUCGAUUUUUUAUGAAUCGGGUGUUUGUAUGACAAAUUAGUGCGGAGCUCUAGACAAAAAUAAAGAAUCGGGUGUUAUUUCUAUAGGACCCCAACCAUUCCCUCAAGAUCCCCUAUUACCCCCAUCUAACCUUCCUUCCCAACUCCACCGAGAUCAUUGGCGUGCUAUCCGUACGCGGCAAAGUCGAGGCAAUCGGAUUCAGGAUUGGUACAACUAUCGCCUAA